AUGAAUAUUAUAGAAUGGGCCUUUGGCAAACGCAUGACUCCAGCCGAGAGGCUACGCAAACACCAACGAGCUUUGGAGAAGACUCAGCGCGAACUUGACCGUGAACGUGUAAAGCUUGAGAAUCAGGAGAAAAAGCUUGUGGCAGACAUCAAAAAGAGCGCAAAGAAUGGGCAGAUUGGAGCAUGCAAGAUACAAGCAAAGGAUCUGGUCCGGACGAGGAGGUAUAUUCAAAAAUUCUAUCAGAUGAGGACCCAGCUGCAGGCGAUCAGUCUGAGGAUACAGACUGUCCGGAGCAAUGAACAAAUGAUGCAGUCCAUGAAAGGAGCUACCAUGCUACUCGGAAGCAUGAAUCGCCAAAUGAAUUUGCCUGCUCUACAGCGAAUUGCCAUGGAGUUUGAACGCGAGAACGAUAUCAUGGAUCAGCGCCAGGAGAUGAUGGACGAUGCCAUUGACGAUGUCACCGGGUUGGAAGAUGAAGAGGAAGGGGAAGAAGUAGUGAAUCAGGUGCUGGAUGAGAUCGGAGUUGACUUGAAUAACGCGCUCGGUGAAACACCAACUGGUAUACAGAAGGCGGCCGUGCCGGAAGGCCGUGUCGCCCAGGCAAUAGGUGGAGGAGGUGAGGAUGAUGACUUGCAGGCUCGUUUGGAUAGUCUGCGAAAGUAG